CGACUUGCUUGUUCACUGCCUCUUCGCCACUCUCUAGUUCUAGAGAAUUGUCCUGCUGCUCGUCAAAGUAGCCGCGAUCCAGAUCAACGUUGGAGAUGAGAGGAGCUCCAUACGUGAAGCUACCUAUAAGUUUGACCUCAAAAUAUCGCACCGCUUCGUCAGAAAAUCUCUGGCCCAACUCAAACACGAGCUCAAGCCUUAUUUUUUUUCACGCACAUACACGCAAAAAAUGGGUGUCUUUCAGAAUAAGAAGUUCCGGUCUGCCGCGGACGCCAAUACGAUGGCAGCCCGCUAUCGAUCAGGCCUUGCACGACAUCCCUUCCUGCUCUUCGGCCUCCCCUUCAUCGCAACAAUGGUCGCAGGCUCUUUCUUCCUCACUCCAGCCACGGCAAUCCGAUACGAGAAACACGACCGCAGAGUCAGGAGACUGAGCAAGGAGGAAGAGCUGGGCAUUGGAAAAGGAGGGCGAAAAGUGGACAUGAAGGAGGAAUACUAUAGACUAGCAGCCAAAGACUUGGACGAUUGGGAGCAGAAGCGUGUAAAACGAUUACCAGGAGAGCAUGAUGGGAAAUUUUAA